GCGACACUUGGAGCUUAUACCCAGUUCGAAUGUUGGAUUCAUCCACCUUCGCUUGAUUUCAAGUGGGUAAUAUCUCCGUGUAUCUGAGGGGGAAUGGGAAGAAAUGGGAUUUGUGCUGUAACCCUUUUCCUCUUUUGCCUUUGGGAUCUGUCAUCUGCUUGGAGUUUCAGGAGUUUGAUUGAUUCAGAACCGAAAGAAAAAACCCUUGUAAAAAGCUUUUACAUUUGUAAAUUCUAUGAUUAACUUGUUCUUGAGGUAGUUUGUUCUCUGAUAUGAUAUUUUGUUUAGAUUUCUCCCCUGUCUAGCCCUGUUUCUGAUGGAGGGUAUCAAACGAACACAACAAGCUCAACUGAUGGAGAUAUACCUAAAAAGGAAGACCAUCAACAGGAACAUCAGCAGCAGCAGCAGCCUAUAAUGAAUUCGCCUGAGGUGGAUCUCGAUCCAAAAGCGACUAACAACACUGUUAAUAGUACAUCAUUUCCUGUUACUCCUUUGAAAGAUAACCCGCUGAUAGAUGAAGAGAAGGGAAAUACUCCAAAUAAAACAAGUUUGGGAUCUGAUACUAAUGAGUCCUGCAAUGACCCAACCAAGACUUGCAUGACGGGAGAAAUGAUUGCCUGUUUUCAAGGUUUAGGCAAUGGCAUAAAAAAUAUAGUGAUUCUUGUCCAAAAUGAAGGAGAAAUUACUAUAAGGGUGACGGUUAAGCAACCAAGUUUGGAAAAUACAACUGAUCCGCUUGAAGUACAUGGGCACCAAAUUGGAAAGAUUGAUAUACCUGUCACUGAUGACCCUAAAAUUGUAUUAAAUGCUGGAAGUGGGGAUUGUGAGUUAAACAUUGGUCCAUCUUCUUCAUCACAAAAAGAAGAUAUCUUCCAAAAGUUCCAGUUUUAUUAUAAUCAAGUGACCCCAAUCUAUGGUGCAUGUAUGUUCUUUGUAGUAGCCAUGAUUGUGGGUGGGAUUUGGAGUUACUGCAAAUUUAGUCAAGGAAAUCAAGAAGGUGAAAUUCCUUAUCAGGAACUUGAAAUGGGUUCACCAGGAUCUGCUUCAGCCCUGAACAUUGAUUCUGCAGAAGGUUGGGACCAGGUUUGGGACGAUGAUUGGGAUGAAGAAAACGCGGUUAGGUCUCCUGUUGGACGUAAAAAUCGUGUUGGAAGUGUUUCAGCAAAAGGGAUUCCUGCUAGAUCUUCUAAUAAUAGAGUAGAAGAUGGUUGGGACAAUGAUUGGGAUGAUUAGAAGAAAUUGCUCUUAUAGAAGAAGAUCAUGAAAUCCUUAGAA